AUGAACAACAAUCAACAACAACAAGACCAGAUUUUCCAAAAUCUUUUGCAGGCAAUUCACAUCAUCCACAACUCUUCUUCACCACAACAACAAAGAUUGGAGGCUCAACAGUUUGUUGAAAACUUUAAAACCAAUCAACCAAACAAGAUUGAUUUUUGUUGGACUUUUAUUAAUAAUAAUCAACCGGAAGAAGUUAGACAUUUUGGAUUGCAAAUAAUUCAUCAUAUUGUUAGUAGAGAAUGGCCAACAAUACCUUCAACCUAUCAAUCAACACAAGCAAAAAUUAAAGUAGCACAAACACUAUUGGAUUAUGCAGCAUCGGGCACAAAACACAUGUUGGAAGAAAAAUCAUUUAUCAAGGAAAAAUUAGCUUCAAUAUUGUCAAUAAUAACAGAACUAACUUGGCCAUCUGUAAUACCUGACAUGUUGGAAAAUAUUGUUAAAUUAACUGGUAUGGGAGAAACACAACGAGAAAUUGCUAUUAUCACUUUGAGAUCCUUAGCUCAAGAUUUGACAAGUGAUUUUGCUACUGAUAUGCCACCUAAUAAGAGAAGAGAUUUAAUCGAAAAAUUGCAACCAAAGAUUCCAGACAUUUUUACAAUGGCAUUUCAAUUAUUUGAUACUUCAUUUGGAAUUUAUAAGUCUAAAAAUGACCAAAAGUCAUAUACUAUUAAUCAAAAAUUGCUUAGGUCAUUAAUAGACAUGAGCAUGGCAUUUGUUAGCGAUUGGCUAGAUCCAGCUCACUUUUUCAAUCAUAAUAUUAUUGACAUUUGGAUUAGUUUAAUGCAUGUUGAAGAAUUUAAAAUGGAUUCAAGUCAUUGUUUAACCGAAUUUGUAGAUGUUUCAUGGGGUUCAAAGAAAGAACUAAAUAUGGCUAAUCACAUGUCUAUUCUUUUAGCUAAAUUAUGUGAAAAUGCUAGAAUUAUUCUUGGAAAAGCUAAUCCUGACAAUUUGGAAGAUGAAUAUGAAUUUCACAAAGUAUUAUCAAAGUUAUUUGUUGCAUUUUCUCAAAAGCAAUUGAAAUACCUUUCUGAAAAACAUACUGAGAUUGUAGACAAUUUUUUGACAGUAGUAUUGGAAUUUGACAAACAUCCUUCAUUGGUUAUUUUUAAUGAUACUCUUGUGAUUUGGAAUGGUAUUUUCAGUAAUCCAAAACUUCCUUUUUGUAAUGCACCAUUUUUGGCAAAAUAUUUUGAACCUCUUCUCCAAGUAACCAGAUUAAAAAUAACAAAAGAAAUUGGUAAUCCAGACGUGGAAAGAUUCGAAAGUAAUCUAACACAUCAAUUGUGUUUAAUAGAUUUCGAAGAUAAAAAGGAAUACUAUCAACUUCAUGGCUCUAUGAGAAGUCAAGCAAGAUCGCUUGUACAACACAUCACACAUAGAGUACCUUUUGAUUCUGUUAAAUUUGCAACUCUUCAAGUAACAGAGGCAUUAAAGACAAACGCUCCAAAUCCAAAAGAUGACAAGGGACCUAAUGGAUACUGCAGUGUUUUUAGUGAUGCUUAUCUUUUAUGGGAAUCUUCAACUACAUUUUAUGAGUGGGUAAUUGAAAGUGUUAGUAAUGAUAAAGCAUCUGGUGAUGAAAGAAUAAUUGAAGCUGAAAUGUACUUGCUUGAUAUUUGCCUCAAAUUUAGUACUGAUGAUCCACUUAUUCAAACUGUAUUUGUUAGACUUUUCAAAUCUUUCUCUCAUCUCAAUAGAAGAAAUAAGAAUUCAUUGAUGGCAAUCGCUGAAAAUUUAUUCAAACAAAUGCAAUUUAGACCAAGUAAGGAGGUUGGAAAAGCUGUUGAGGACCUCACAGAAGAUACAUCUUCAGCUAGACAAAAGGCUCACACAACUUUCAUUUCACUUUGUCAAUCCAAUGCUAAAGAUCUUCCUCAAUUCUUAAAAGAGUUUGUUAAUUUAGCAGAACAACUCUGGUCAAAGAAAGAAAUUUUAAGUAACGAACUCAUUUUAAUGUAUGAAGCCUUUGUAGUUAUUAGUAAUGAGUGGAAAGAUUUUAAUCAACAAAAGCAAUUUUUAGAUUAUUUAUUGAGUCCACUUAUUAACGAACUCAACUCUAAUUUAUAUAAGGAAGUUAUGAAUUCAGUACCACUACUUUACCAAGCAUGUGGAAUUUUAAACGAAGAAAAUCAAGAAAAGAAGGCAAAAUUAGAAGAUAUCAAGAGUAGAAUAUUCCAUAUACUAACAACAAUAACAAGUUUGGCAGACAGAAUGCCUGAAAAUCCUCAGGAUAUGGGUAUGGUAGAUCCUUUGUCUAAACAAGUUAAAUAUCCAAUUUCAACCUUCAUUUUAGAAGUUUUACCAAAUAUUCUUGGAUUGGUAAGAACCAUUCAUAUGUGCUACACAGUAGAAGGUCAAAAUCUAGUUCCUCAACAAGUAAGAAAAUACAUUUUACAUAUUGGUAUUGAUGAACAAUACAUGGCUCGUGGAGAUGCUUUUGUACAGUCAAAGGUUUCAUCUGAGCAAUACACAAUUCAUAGAAUCCAUUAUUACUUGACAAAUUUAAGAAGAUUGUGCUAUCUAUUAAUAGGACAAGCUUGUAAAUAUUGUGAUAAGGAAUUGUUUUGGGCUAAUCCAUCUUUAUUCCAAAUGUUAACAGAUUCUGUGUUUUCUUUUAUUGAAUUUAUUGGUAUUAGAGACCUAUCAUUGAUGAUGUUAAACUUUUUCCAAAACUUUUUCGAAAAUAUUCCAGAAGAAUUACACAACACUUUACUUUUGAAUAUUUUGAAACCUCUCCUUUCACUUUUGGCAUCAAGAAUUGAAACAGCACAAGCAGAAAUUUGUGAUAAGGCUGGACAAACAAUAGGAGAUGAAGGAGUUCUUGAUGAAAUAGUUAAGGAAAAACACUUGAAAGAAUUAUCUUCUGUUGUUGUAAAUAUUAUUUUGAGAGCUACCAAUUCAAUUAGAAUAUCCAAAGAUAAUCUCAAACCAAAAGCAGAUGUUAUUUGUACGUUUAUUAUUGGAAAUAGUGAUUUGGUAGGCUUGAUUGUGAUGCUUUUCUGUAAAAUAAUUGCUGUAAUGUUAGAUCCAACAAGUGUUGUGAAAUGCGUAAUGAUUUGUGAUAGAAUUAUUCGUUUUAUGAGUAAUAAUCAAUUAGGAGCCUAUACUAAUUUAUUUGCUGGAGAGCUUUUCUACUCAUUACUGAGAUCUUUAAUGACAACAGUUGAUGAACAAUUGCAAGAUUCUAUCAUUUCACUCACUACAUUUAUUUAUGGUUGUUUUAGAAAAAAGACAAAUACUAUGCGAGACAUUUUAACACAGGUACCAACUUUAACCCCUCAAAAGGUUAAACAUUUUGAUGAUGCAUUCGGAAAAGCUAAUGAUGAAAAGGAUAAGAAAAAGAAAGUCAAGACUCUUUUAUCUACAAUCUGUGGUAUGCAAAAAGGUGCACCUUCAAAGUCAAAAUCUCUCUUAUCUUUAACAGGUACAAAUCCAAUUCAGCAACAAAGUAAUGACAAGAAGAAGGGAUCAAAGAAACCAACUUCAUUCCUUGAUAAUGCCACAGUUGCUGAACUUCAAGGUUUAUUUUAAAAUGGCGCCAAAUAAAACUACAAUCAUUUUUUUUC